CGUCCCCGCCGUUUCAACAUCCUACCCACUAUUCCCCCUCCUCCUCCUCCCCCAGAUCCCAAAUCACCAUCGCCACUCCUGCCUGCCUGCAACCAAACAAAAAACCCCCGCUGAAUCCACUCCUGCCACUGCCACCGCCGCCGCCGUCACCAUGCACCCCUCCUCCUCCUCGUCGGCGGCCCACCCGCCGGACGGCUCCAAGCCCCCGCAGCCGGCCGCCCCGGCCAUGGGCUACCCGGCCAACGCCGCGCCCAACCCCAACUCCAACACCGCCUACUACGCCGCCGCGCCGCCCCCCGCCGCCAACGCCAACGCCAACGGCACGUCCGCCUUCGGCGUCGCCUACCCGUACCCAGCCCCCCCUCCCCAACACCACCACCACCACCCGCCCCCUCCCCCGCAGCACCCCUACCACCACCACCAGUACCACAACCCCUACCACGCGCCCCCACCCCCACCGCCGACCUGCCUGCGCCGCCUCCUCGCGCUCGUCGUCGCCGCCUUCCUCCUCCUCGGCGCCGCCACCUUCAUCGUCUGGCUGCUCCUCCGCCCGCGCGCGCCCGCCUUCUCCCUCGCCACGCUCGCGCUCUCCCGCGUCGCCUACUCCCCCGCCAACUCCAACCUCUCCGCCGCCUUCGACGCCUCCUUCCUCGCCGACAACCCCAACGCCAAGCUCACCGUCUCCUACUCCUCCCUGCUCGCCUCCGUCGCGCUCGCCCCCUCGUCCCCGAUCGCCGUCACCUCCCUCCCGCCCUUCGUGCAGGCGCCCCGCAGCAGCACCGCGCUCCCCUUCCGCCUCCAGGUCGACGGGGCCUAUGUGGGCCCCGACGAGGCCGCGCCGCUCAAGAGCGGGGCCAACGGGGGCGCCAUGGAGGUCCAGGUCAGGCUCACGGCCGUCGCCGUCUUCGAUCGAGGGGGCUGGCGCACGCGACGGAGGGUCAUGAGGGUCAUCUGCGAAGACGUGCCCGUCACUUUCCGUGGGAGGAACGCCACCGACGCCAAAUUUGAGGGACCACCGCGCCGAUGCGAAGUUUACUUGUGAAGGAUCAUCCAUGGCUGUUGACUACUCAAGAUGUUAAUCUAAGGGACUAUCUUCAAUAUGCACAAGAAGUUAACUGGCUCUAUGAGAAGUUGGCCAGCAACUGAUUCAUGAGUAAUGAGUGGGUAACUUACCUGCCUGUCAAUAGAAUUCGCGACAAGGAAGAUUCUGGAAUGAUUAUAAUGCUUAAUGGUAGUAUUUGAGUUUUUCACCUAUUGCGUGAACGGAUGUCGAAUAUAGCGACCGAGUGCUAAUGUUGGAAAUACUUAGCAAGAAAGAUAAUCAAUGGUUGCUAAUUUGCUUGAUGAGAGAACUUCAGACAUGUUUGGCCUCAGGGGGCCUUCGUACUUUAAUUUACUACAGCUUAAGAAAUGCUCUAA